GUUCCCUCAACGAUCUUGUCUGGCUCUGCCAACUAUAGCCAGAUUUGUGCGGUUUAAUGGCAGCAGCAGCCACCCAGUGUAUGUGCUUGCUCACUACGUGUCUUGCAGCUGAAUGAUAUCAGCAUUUAUGCAGUGCUACUCGACAGCUGGAAUCAGAGGCUCCAGCACCAUUGACAGAAGAAGAGUUUUCUUCCAUGAUUAUUCAUGGACGCAGCCUCUACCCCCCGUCAUACCACCCCCGCACUCAUUCAGUUCCAGUCGCUCAACUGCAGUUCCGCGCAUACCACCCACAAUUUCUUGAACUGUACAUGCAUUUUGUAGGACAUGCAGCUGCAGCAUUAGGCAUCCCAAUUUCACGCCCGGUGUACUUGCCAACACAACGUUCGCUAUGGACUGUACCUCGUGGUCCGUUCGUGCACAAAAAGAGUCAAGAGAACUUCGAGCGGAAGGUGCACAAACGUGCAAUUAAAGCAUGGGAUGCAGACCCCGAGGUCGUCGACCGUUGGGUGCGGUACAUCUCUCGACAUACAAUGCCUGGAGUUGGGCUGAGAGUGACUCAAUGGAAGAGGGCACCUCCUGGUAUCGGACAACAGAUGGUAGAUGCAGCCGUAGGCUCAACCAGACUAGGAUCAAGUGCCGACAACGUUAAGGCGUUGGCAAAGAAAAUUGUGCAGCAAGAACUUUGAUAUUUUAUACGUUUUCUAUCUUUUGUUUAUUUUGCGCUAUAAUCAUCUGAUGGUCCAUGCAUGAUAUUGCUGUAACUAGAGUACAGGCCCGACUACAUGCAUAUUUUAUGGCUAUCCUACACCUCGUCAGCGUGAUGACUCCCAGAACCAAUUGUAUCUGGUUGACCUCCAGUCUGCAGAAUGGGUCUCUCCGGAGGUUCCCCGACAGAGUAGCCGAUGACUUUGAAUUCUAAUAUGAACAAACAAC